AUGUCUGAUCGCGGCAACAGAGGAAGCCGUGGGGGCCGGGGAGAUAGAGGCUCGCGCGGUCGUGGCGACCAUGGGGGACGGGGUGGCCAUUCUUCGUCGACGGAGAAGAAGAACAUCCUGGAUCUGGCCAAGUACAUGGACAAGUCCAUUACGGUGAAGUUUAACGGCGGGCGAGAGGUGACCGGCAUCCUAAAGGGACAUGAUCAGUUGAUGAACCUGGUUCUGGACAACGUGAAGGAGAUCACGAGAGACGACGAGGGCAAUAUGAGCACACGCUCGCUCGGACUGUUGGUGGCCAGAGGGACGCUGCUGGUGUUGAUCUCCCCAGAGGACGGGAGCGAGGAGAUUGAAAACCCUUUCGUGCAAGCCGACGACGAUGAGUGA